AUGUCCAGGCACGAGGGCCAGCGGGAGGCCGACUGCUGCAGGGCGCACCCGGAAAAGCCAGCCUCCGCGGAAUCGUCGACGGCAGCGGCACCCUCGUCCAAGACCAAAGUCGUGCUAAGAAUCCGACCGGCGAGUCCGCCGGACGAGAAUAAAACUCAGCCGGACAUCUACGUAGUGGACAGUCCAGUGAGUUUACUCGUGAGGCGGCUGACCGCGGACGACAGCGCGAGGCGGUCGAAGCCCAGCGAGAGCGUGGCCUUCAAAAAAUUCUCGUUCGACCGAAUUUUCGAGCCGCAAGUGGACCAGGCGCGGCUGUUCGGCGAGGCGGUCGAGCCUCGGCUCGCUGGCUUCCUGCACGACAACGAAAACUGCAGCGUCGUGAGUUAUGGCUCGGUCGACGCCGGCAAAACGUACACGCUGUUCGGGCCGAGCAGCGACCCCGGAAUCGUGCCGAGGAGCAUAGCCUGCGUUUUCUCUUCGAUCGACUGCGCCGCGAGGCCUCGGUACAAGCCGCAGCAGCAUUCUCAAGGCGUGGUCAGGCUGGACGAGGCCGGCCGAGACGCCGAACGCGACGCGCGGCAGAGGCUCGUGUCCUGCCGAGCGGCGGCCGACGGACCAGGCCCCGACGAGUGGUGGUGCGCUGCCCUGCAAGACUGCCCGUGGGGCCGCGACCGCGAGCCCGCCAAAGGGCGCGUGUGCUCGCUAUGGAUAUCUUUCAUAGAAAUAUACAACGACGCCGUUUACGACCUGUUGGAAGUCGACGAGGACGGCAAAAACAUGCCAUUAAAGUUAUCAACCGACAAGCAUGGCUUGACUUACGUUCAAGGGAUGCGAAGUGUCUGCGCUACAACUGGUUUAGAAGCUUAUGGAAUUUUGAAUGCAGGCCAAACGAGGCUUAGUACAGUUUCAGCAUCCAAUUACAAAAGUUCAAGGUCUCAUUCAAUUUUCACAAUGAGAUUACUCAAGUACGAGAAAGAUUCUACUCCAGCUGCAGUCCAGACGAGUACCAUUUCAUUUUACGAUCUUGCCGGCACUGGCAAAUUGCCGAAAUCCGCGAGCAGCGACAAGCAAUUGAAGGAGUCCCGAAGCAUCAGUACAAGUUUGUUGGCCUUUGGCAGGUGCCUCAAGGCCUUAGCUGAGGGCCACUCCCGGCAAAGUACCGGUCCAUUCCGAGACUCGAAGCUGACAAGACUGUUUGAGCAUUCGCUGCGCAAAGAAAACCUUAUCAUUCUCAUCAAUCUAAACCCCAGUUUUGAGCUUUUUGCCGAGACGCAGAAUGCCCUGAACUUUGCAUUGACAGCAGUAAAACUUACUACGGAGUUUGCGAAAGAAGACAAAAGAUUGUUGGAUUAUCAGUCACCGGUUUCGAGCCCGAAACUUCAACGGAUGCCCUCGCCAAUUCCCACCCAAACUCUCAGCGAUCAAGAAAUUAACGAGAUUCUCACGAAGAACAAGCAGCUGCUCGAUCAAAUAAAGCAGUUGAAGUCUGCUGAGUUGACUCGAGAGUAUAAGCUGCGACAGGAUCUAGCCGACUUUUAUACCAAGCAGCUCACUGAUCUGGAGGACAUUUGGAAGAAUCGAAUGUCACUGGCCGAGGAACAGAAGGAGUAUUUGCUGAAAUUGUCGGUAGACAGACUGGACAGUCGUUACAAAUCGCGGCUCGGUGAGCAGCUCGAUCGUAGAGGCAAAACGAGCGAUAACCUAUCGAUCGAAAAACUCAACGAAGACAGCGCCAAAGUGUCAAAACUCGAAGAGUUGCUCGAGUCUGCGAAAGAGGAGAACGAACAGUACGCUAUCGAGGUAUCCUGGUUGAAGGCUCAUUUCAAACGAAUAGCUGACUUUAUCGGGUGCACUAAGAAAUAUGACGAUGACUUGCCUGUCGACGAGCUCUCAACGACGAAUUUUCAAUACCUCAACAACGACACAAUUUCGCACGUUCAAAGUAUCGUAGACUUCGUGCGAGCCUCUUGCGCGAACGAGCAGGCCGAUAAGACGGUACAGUGCGACUUGGACGCCACGCUAUUAGACCAGUACUCUAAGAGCAUCGAGGCGUUAUUCCAUUCGAACGAUAUCAGCCUGGCCGCGAUAACUGAUUCGUCGGGCUUAUCCAACGAGCGCUUGGACAAAAACGCACAGAGUCAGGGGGAUCCGCGUGCAGGAGGACUAGUCGAGCGUCUAUCUCGAAUCGAACAGUGUGUCGCGGAUUGUUUGUCCCAUCGGAGAGCUCUUGAAGUGGAAAAUCACGCGAAAGAGGAGCAGUUGAGAGUUUUGCGGAGAACCACCGAACAGCAAGAUAUUGAUCUUUUGCGCGCGAGACAGCAACACUCGGAGUCUGAGUCUGCUCGUUUGCUCUUAUUACGAAAGUGCGAAAGUCUUGAAAUGGCUUCGAAAUCGAGAGAAUUUUUCAAAAAUCCGGACUUCGAUGCCGACGAUCCGGAAAACUCGUUGUCCUGCUCUUUUCAUCAAGAGGUAGUCUCGUUGAAAGAAACCGACGACACUUAUCUGACAAGUGUACCGGACUCGAGUUCGCUCAACAAUGAAAGCAACGCCACGAGAUCCCGCUCGGACGCUAGUAAAGAUGAUUCAGGAAUUGCAUUUAGCUUGGAUUCGGUCGUUGGCGUACGUAGACAGCAAAAAUAUUGCCAAACUGACGGACAAUGGAACGAAGAUCAGCACGAAAUUUUGCAAAGCAAGUUGAUGCAACUGAAUCUCGAUUAUAAUCGAAUGGAAGCUCAACGCACGCAAGGCUCUAAGCGAAUAACGGAAUUGUCUUUGGAGCUCGAACGUAUUAGGGAAGCGAUGCUGCAGCUAAAAGCGGACACAACUAAGAAAGAUCGAACUAUUAGCGAGUGUCAGACGAAUCUUCGCGAUAGUAAAGCAGAAAUAGAUCGCUUGAACGAGGAGAAAAGACAGCUGGAAAAUCAGUUGAAUGAAUUGCGGAAUAAUUUACUAGCGGUGAGCAAGGAUUACGAAAGAAAGCUCGACGAUUCACAGCUUAAAGUGAGAGCGUACGAGGCAGGAGAAUGCAGAUACUUGAAAGACUAUUGGGAAAAAUCUGUGAAUUUAGGUUUCGAAUUAUCGAUGGCGUAUUCGGAAUUGGAAAAAUUUUCAUUGAGGUGUUACAAAGAACACGUCUUGAAGAUACACAAGUUGGAGGAAGAGCUCAGCGAAAAAACAGUUAGCUUGGCCAAGUUGAACGAACAAAUGAGAGCUUACGAAAGGGACUUGGCACAGACGAUUGCACUGUCCGGAAAAGUUGACGAGUGCGAAAGUGUACUGAACCAGCUACAGAGGCAUAAGGUUAACGUGGACAGCAUGAUCGCGGACAGGACAGAAGCUCAGCUGAUUAUUCGCGAUCAAUUGGAUUAUCUAACGCAGAGAAUUGGCGAACGAGACGAUCAAGUUUCGUGGUUGAAAUGGCAACUCAAGGCGAUAAUCAAAGCAAACUCGUCGAAUAGCCUACAAGCGAAUAUAUUAGGUAGGCAAGUGACCAAACUGAUAGAAAAACUGACCGCGAUGAGAGAAGACAUUGCUGAGUCGGAAACGGCAAGAACGGACCUCGAGAGAAAGUCAGCGAAAGAAAUCGAUAAUCUUCGCGCUCGCUUGACAAUUUUCGAAGGGAACGUCAAUCUGCUCAGUCUUAUUCGUAACUCCGACGAAAGCACGCAGUGCGAGAUAGAUAAGCUGAAACUGAAAGUUUUGGAAAAAGAGAAGGAGCUGGAAUUUUUUAAGAAAAACCGAAACGCGACCAUUCGGAGAUACGAAUGUUUAGUCAAGCAGCUGCAACAAUCGUUGAAAAUGAACGAGCAUUCGGGCAGGCCGAAGAAGAUGUUCUUCAACCAAAGUUACCGUUCGAACGUGUCGAAAGACACGACAUGCUGGUGCGUCCGUGGCGCUGAUUCGCAGAGAUACGACUGGCAAGAGGUGAGGGAUCAAACCAAAUCAGUUGUACAUUUGUCGCGCAAAGAUGUCGAAACGAAGAGCAACGGCAGUUUUGAAAGUCGCAUCGAGGAGGGCCGUUGUGGAGCAACGACUUGUUCCGGCCAAGAAGUUGAAGGCCGAAUUUGA